UUUUGUGUCAGUGCCGAGGCCGCUCGCCGUGAGGUGCGGUGCGGCGGGAGGGCGGGCGGGGGGUGUUCGGUGCACGCCGCCCCUCGGGGAUGGACGCGGACGGGCUGCCCAUCGUGGGCUCCGGCAUCGACCUCACCAAGGUUCCUGCUAUUCAGCAGAAAAGAACUGUAGCAUUUCUCAACCAGUUUGUGGUUCACACAGUGCAAUUUCUGAACCGCUUUUCUACUGUUUGUGAAGAGAAAUUGUCAGCGCUCUCUCUCCGUAUCCAACAAAUAGAAACAACCCUCAAUAUAUUGGAUGCCAAGUUAUCCUCUAUUCCUGGCCUAGAAGAUGUCAAAUUCGAAGUGUCCAGUGCAAAUGUGAAUAGUGUUACAAAUGGUCCUGCGGUAUCUACUACAGAUCAACAGGCAGCUGUAUCACCUCAAUGUGGAAACAAUAUACAUGAAGAAACAUUACAGAAAACAGAGGUAGUAACAGAAAAUAUCAAAACUGUGGCCAAGGACCCAAGAUACGCCAGGUAUCUCAAAAUGGUACAAGUGGGUGUUCCUGUAAUGGCGAUACGAAACAAAAUGAUUUCUGAGGGGCUAAAUCCAGAUCUUCUUGAGACUCCAGAUGCCCCUUUGCCUGCUUGGGGAGAUGAUGGGAAUGCAGAAGACAGUUCUGAUAGCGAAUCUUCCUUUAGUGACUAAAAAGACUGAUUUCAGCCUUUGGAAGCCUCUUUUAAGUGCUAAUGUCUUUGGAGCUUUUGCAGAUAAUGAUUUUGUGUGGGUCACAUGAUUUAUCUGACAGCUUUUCUUAGCAUUGAGAUCUCUCAUGUUCUCUCCCCAGAAGUUUGAACAGGCAGCAUGUUCAACCUGAACCUUUCCAUUGUGAAAAUUGAUCACAAUAUCCUCGUGAUUUUUAUCCAUCGUUAUUUCAGAUUCUUUCUGAUUCUUCUGGAGUUACUUUAUAAAACUCUUUAAAAAUAAAAAAUAAAAAAAAAUCCGUGCCUCUAAAUCUUCAGGUCUCUAAGACUGCAUUCUGGUCAUUCUUGGAUUUUCUGAGUAAGACUUUUAACCUAAGUUGCCUUCCUUCUGUCCCAUAGCAAUCAGGUAGAGUAACUUAUCAAAAUAUAAUUGCAAACUUAUAAGCUGUAUUUUUUUCUAAUAUAUUUUGAAGUGGCAUAAUAAGAAUUACAGAAGUUGGCUAUCUUAUGGUGAUUGCAAAUCAGUGUUCCUGAUAUGCAUAAAAAAUAAAGAACCGUCUGAAUCUAUUUUCAGAGUAUAUACUGCUCUUUGAUUUCACAUCAGAAUCUGAAGAAAAUUGUUAAAUUUCUGCUCUGUAGUAGAGUUAUUUAUCAAAUUCAGGUUACAGUGGUGUAGAAAGCUACAACUAUCACAAGAUUGUUUUUAAAAUAAUUCUGUGAGAGGAGCAAGUGACUGAGAGUUUAUUAAUGAAAUACCAAAUUCUUUCUUCUUAUUCAAUGUCACAUGAGUCAAUAAAAAAAACAAACCACUUUAUGACAGCUUUUUGGCUUGUUGCAAACUGCACAGGCUCAGGUCAUUUCCAUAGGAUAAGAAAUCAUCUCCAAGUCGGUGCCCUUGCUGAUGGUUCCAACAAAGAAGCCAAAAUUCAGUUUACAUAAUAAUGAAACUACCUUGCUACUUUUUGAGGAUGCAUUGGGGAACAAUAUGAAGAAAUCGACUUGGAGCCUGACUUGCCCUAAUGACUUCCCUCCAAAGUACAUGAUCUACUGCAUGAGUUAAAAAUGACAUUUCAUUAAAGAAUCCUGUUUAAUAUAAUUUGUUGCACAUGAAAUUCUUCACAAUCUGUUUGAAUUCCCCAGUUUAUUGUGAUUAUACCAGAGUGCCGUGGGCCAGGCACUCACUUUUUGGUAUUUCAAUUUCAUCCCGAGACUAAGAAAAGACUAGAGCUGAAUCUCUAAAUGUAUAAAUUUGUUAGCUCUUAUAGCUGAGUCAUCAUCUCCUCUCUUAGUUAUUUAUGUCACCUCAAUAGUUGCUUUUUUUUCUGUAACUUAAGUAUGGCUCCCAUUUGAGUCUAGCAGACAUAUUCAAGCUCUUCACAACCUGUAAAUCAGAGUAAUAUUUGAAUCCCUAGCAGGAUAGCAUAUAUGCACUAGAAAAUGUCUAGAAAUAGCAUUUGAAUGUUGAGUUAAUUAUUAUCGAACACUUAAACACAAAUAUUCAAUAGCUAACAUUUGGCAAAACUUGACAAAUCUUAACAUAUUAGCAAUAAGGAUUUCAAAAGUAAGUGUUAUGUUAUUUCAGAAAACUUUUUGAAAUCUAUAUUUGAAAGCUUAUUGAAAUAAUCUGUAUAAUAAAAGCUAUGUUUUGUAAA